AUGGGUUUCAGCCUGAGGACCUAUACGGUCCAGUUGCAGUCCGUAGAAGAUGACAAGGUAGCUCUCUUCAAAUGGGUUCCUCAGGCUAGCAGAGUCCUGACAAAGACCCAUAGCACUCUCUGCUCGGGCCUCUCUUUCAUGCAAAAUCGCCUCAUCCUCGUGACCCAAGGGAAAAAGCUUGGAAAUAAUGCUACAAGCAAUGUUGGUUCUGUUGAAGAAUUAUGGCAAGCCUUUUUUGCUAAUCCAGUGGAUUGGUGGGAUAAUAGGAAGAACAAGAAAAAUCCAAAAUAUCCAAAUUUUAAGCACAAAGAUGCUGGAAAAGCUCUGUGGGUCGAAGGCAGGUACAAUCUACCAUGGGUGAAGUCCCAAAUGGCAAUUCUGGAUACACCAAUGGGGUCUCUUUAUGAUCAAGAUACCAGGAUGGAUGCAAGUUUAAUGGCUGCUGAUAAAUUUUUGCCUUUCUAA